CUGGCGGUUGAGUGUCUGCAGAAACACGGUGCGAUUGCUCAAGCUUAGUGCAAGCUGUGCCACGGACAACAGUCGCAUCCCCCAGCUGCUCCACCACAUUUUCAAAAGAGUGACUGAAAAUGGCCCAGACUCCGCUUCUCCAGCUACCCGAGUUCCGCAACGUUUCCACCGGUACACUGGUGGUGAAGGAGCCGCUGUGCUUCUGGAAUGGCAGCAGAGUCAAGCCCAAGGGUGGGAAGAGUACCGAGCCCGUGUACGAACCAGCAACUGGCCGUCAGCUGUGUGAGCUGGUGACCUGUGGAGAGGAGGACGUUGACCAGGCCAUCAAGAGUGCCCAUGCUGCCUACCUGAAAUGGAGCAAGCUGGCGGGCAUGGAGAGGGCCCGCAUCAUGCUGGACGCAGCUCGCCUCAUCAGAGAGCGCAGAACUGAAAUUGCCAGGGUGGAGGUGGUGAACAAUGGCAAGUCAAUCACAGAGGCAGAAGUGGAUAUAGACAUCGCCUGGCAAUGCAUAGAGUACUACGCUGGCAUUGCCCCUACCCUGGCAGGCCAGCAUAUCCAGCUACCCGGCGGUUCGUUUGCCUAUACCCGCCGCGAGCCCCUGGGGGUGUGUGCUGGUAUCGGGGCCUUCAACUACCCCUUCCAGAUCGCGGCAUGGAAGUCUGCCCCCGCACUGGCAUGCGGCAAUGCCAUGGUGUUCAAGCCGUCCCCCUUCACCCCGGUGACCGCGGUGAUCCUGGCGGAGAUCUACAAGGAGGCGGGGGCUCCUGACGGCCUCUUCAAUGUGGUGCAGGGCGGCGCGGAGACGGGGACCUUCAUGUGCCACCACCCCACGGUGGCCAAGGUGUCCUUCACCGGCAGUGUCCCCACCGGCAAGAAGGUGAUGGAGAUGGCCUCUAAAGGGGUGAAGCAGGUGACCCUGGAGCUGGGUGGCAAGUCCCCUCUCAUCAUCUUCAAGGACUGUGACCUGGAGAACGCCGUGAGAGGAGCACUCAUGGCCAACUUCCUCACACAGGGACAGGUGUGCUGCAAUGGUACUCGUGUGUACGUGCAGCGGGAGAUCAUGCCCCAGUUCCUGGAGGAGGUGGUGAAGAGGACCAAGGCCAUCCCCGUGGGGGACCCCCAGCUGCAAGACACCCGCAUGGGGGCCCUCAUCACCAGACCCCAGCUGGACAAGGUGCUCGCCUUCGUCAGCGAGGCCAAGAACCAGGGUGCCAAGGUGCUGUGUGGUGGGGAGCCGUUUGUCCCCAGCGAUCCCAAACUGAAGGGCGGUUACUUCAUGUCGCCCUGUGUGCUUGACAACUGCAGUGAUGACAUGAGGUGUGUGAAGGAGGAGAUCUUUGGUCCUGUGAUGUCCGUGCUGCCCUUUGACAACGAGGAGGAGGUGAUGCAGAGAGCCAACAACACCAGCUACGGCCUGGCCUCUGGAGUAUUCACCAGAGAUGUGGUGCGUGCCCACCGCGUGGCAGAGAACCUGCAGGCUGGCACCUGCUUCAUCAACAACUACAACGUCAGCCCAACUGAGGUGCCCUUUGGCGGGUACAAGAUGUCAGGAUUUGGAAGGGAGAAUGGCCAAGUGACCAUAGAGUACUACUCCCAGCUGAAGACAGUGGUUGUCGAGAUGGGGAAUGUGGACAGCCUCUUUUAAUUGUUUGAGCCCAAAACUCUAAAAACCCUCAGCUGUUCCUUAGAAAUGUGACUUAGACAUUCAUGCUGUGGAGAAAAAAAAAGCCUUUCCCCCCCCCAAGGUGCGUAACAUUUUUAUACACUUAUUGCAGCUUUAAGAUGCUGCAUUUUUCUGGGCUGUACUGGUAACAGUGUGUGGUGGACCCAUUCAGAUUUAAAGUGUGCCUUAUAAUGAUCUCUUCAGCAGGACCAGAGGCUGAAACUUCACAGCAUUUUUUUUGUUUUGUAUUUUGGUUUUUUUUUAUUUUGUUUUUAAAAAAAAGAGUCCAUUAUAUCUUCAUAAAUGUGCCAACACAAUUAGUAAAAAAAAAAUUGCACUCUGAAACAAACAUGUAUAAAAUUAUUUCAAAAUAAAAAAAUGUUUGAAAAACUCCAAGUUUUAUUCAUUUGCUG